AUAGGUACCAAUCUGAAAUUAAAAACUAGGUUAUAAAUGUCACAGUUCGAUACAGAACGAUAUGUUUAAGGAUAGAUUAUCUCCUUAGGUAAACUCGGUGUUACAUGAAUAAUCCUUGGAAGCUUUUGUUCUUCAUUCUAUUCACAUGGACAGAAAUCAAUGUAGCACAUUCCUCGAGCAAUAAUUUAUCAAAAUACGAUCUCACCGAUAUUCUGAACGAUGCGAUUGUACGCGUACUCAAAAGUAAUGUUAUUGUUGAAGAACUGGAGUCGCUAAUUAUAAUCGAUAAUAAUCGCCAGUACGAUGGUAUACACGAAAUUAACAAUACUGAAAAAAUUCCACCCUUUGGAAAUACAAUCCACUUCCACACUAUUAUCGUUUUUGGAUUCAGUCUCAACACAAUACGCUCACAUUACCAUCAACGUAACACCAUUCGAUGGGAAUUUUCUAAAAAUGAAUUGCGUAUGUUCUACAACGAGCUGGAAUACACCGUAUUCGGAUACGUGAACUUGGAAAAACCACAAUCGAUUGACUAUCUUAGCAGCGAUGAUACCCAAAUCGAAGCAUUUGUACAUCGAUACAAGAACUUUUCAGUUACUGCGACCAAACCAUCGACAAACCUUAAAGACGAUAAAAAUAUCUCGAUUGACAUGUCGUAUGAUCAUCUCAGCAACGAUCAAGGUAUUCAACUCGAUAAAAGUCGUAAAAUUCCUUACGAACACCAGCUCAAGUUGACAUACUCAUUAAGCUUAGAGUUACCCUCCAUAACACGUCACAUUUUCAAUGCUGGCGGUAACUUGAGCGCAUUACUCGGUGAAAUGUUCAACCUGCAUCCAAAACAGCACGUAAUCACAGCCUUUCCCGAUUUUCCGGCCGAAGAAGAACGAUAUUAUUACCUCAUACCCGAUAUCUCAUUUGGGAAUAACCUGAGUUUAAAAAAUAUCACUAUCAGAGGACUAACGAAUUUCCAAUCAUUCGUAAAUAAUCGAACACUGAAUAAGCAGGCUCUUCCUUUUUACACCCUGAAUGUGGCGAAUGUUACAGGAAACAUGACUUUAGAAGCUGGAUUUGAUCAUUUAGGACUAUCAUGUUUUCAGCUGAGUUUCGUCAGCUUUAAUUUUUACAUCUCUUAUGUGCCAGAUGGUGAGAAAUUCAGGGUAGAAGCACAGGACUAUUUCAUUGUAGAAGACGCUCCUAGGGCUCCUACUUUGAUAUCUUCGUGGUUAUCGAACUAUUCGACGAGUAUAAUGAAGGUCAUAGAAUCAUCUAUAGAAGCUUUGAUAAUACCAUUGAAAGAAGCUAAGAAUAAUACAGAUGCAGAAAAAUCAAUUCCAUUGACACCUCAUUUAUCAGAAAUAGAAACGUCGUUCAUGGAACUUCUGAACAAAUCUGCAACGGAAUUUAAUAUUAAAUAAAGAACUGAAAAAAAUUCGUUUCAAUUAUUUCAAAAUGAAAAGGCAGAAUUUUGAGAUUUUUCAAAACAUGCGAAUUUUAGCAAAAACAGGCAAUCUUAUUGGCAAGAACAAGAUUGUUUGACAAAAUUGGCCCCUUUUAAAAAUUUUACCAGAAUUGACACUUUUUGAAAAUUUUGACAAAAAUGGAAAAUUUUCAACAAUUGUGCCAAAACUAGGCACUUUCUAGACUCUUUUGUCAAAAAUUGACCCUUUUUGGCACCCACACCCUCCUCCCCCCACAAAAAUUGACACUUUUUGAUAACUUUUCCAAAAAUUGGCACUUUUUGACUUGGGAAAAUUUGGAGAAAAAAUGAACCUUGUAAGCAAAUUCGCAAAAAAAAACCAGAAAUUU